GCAGGCCCGAACCCGAGAAUGAUGGCGAGAAACCUACUCCGGAGCGUUCCGCGCUUUCGACGCGCCUUGUCACAGAUGAAACUAUACAGUACCGGGUCCGGAGAGCCGCAAUUCCUGGGAAUCAGUAAUCACUUCACCGACAGUGUUCAAUUCAUCAAUAGAGACAAUUACGAACCUAUUCCGAUAUACAGGAUUUUGGACUCGCAGAAGGCGAAGCUACCUAAAGAUGACAAGCUGAACGAGGGGUACCUGGUGAAAAUGUAUCGCGACAUGGUGACCCUGAGCGUCAUGGACAAAAUUCUGUACGAGUCGCAGAGGCAAGGCCGCAUCUCGUUUUACAUGACGAACACCGGCGAAGAGGCUGUGCAGGUCGGCUCCGCUGCCGCUUUAACGCUGGAAGACAUGAUUUACGCGCAGUACCGCGAGGCUGGCGUUUUGCUGCACCGCGGGUAUCCGUUGGAGAAGUUCAUGAAUCAAUGUUACGGCAAUUGCGAGGACGACGGCAAAGGGAGGCAGAUGCCGGUGCACUACGGCUCCAAGGAGUUCAAUUUCACAACUAUAUCGUCUCCGUUGACGACUCAACUUCCGCAAGCCGUGGGGGCUGCCUACGCCUUUAAGCUGGAUAAAAAGGACGCGUGUGUGGUUUGUUACUUCGGCGAGGGUGCGGCGAGCGAGGGCGACGCCCACGCGGGGUUCAAUUUCGCAGCUACCCUGUCGUGCCCCAUCAUUUUCAUCUGUCGAAACAACGGAUAUGCCAUCUCCACGUCGGUGAAGGAGCAGUUUCAAGGGGACGGGAUCGCGGCCAAGGGUCCAGCUUACGGGAUCGAUACGAUCCGAGUGGACGGUAACGACGUGCUCGCGAUGUACAAUGCCACGAAGAGCGCCAGGAAGUCCUGCAUAGAGCAUAAGAAACCCGUCUUGAUAGAAGCCAUGACCUACAGAAUCGGACAUCACAGUACGUCGGACGAUUCGACGGCUUAUCGAUCGAACGAUGAGAUCGCCGAGUGGAACGUCCAUUCGCCAAUAGCCAAGUUCCGCGAGUAUCUGGAGUCGCUUGGAUUAUGGUCCGAAGAGAAGGAGCGAAAGUGGAUAAGUUUCGCGAAGAAGGAAAUCCUUCGUACCUUCAAGGAGGCAGAACAAAAGGUCAAGCCACACUGGAAGCACCUGUUUACAGAUGUCUACAAGGAAAUUCCCGAUCACCUUAAGAAGCAAAUGGAUAUGAUGGAGAAGCAUUUAGAAGAAUUCAAAGAACAUUAUCCAUUGAGCUCUUACUCGCAGACAAAAUAAGGGGGAGAAAUGGAGAAGCGCUAAGAAGACUUCCGAGGAGCGUUAUCUAUUAAGCUCUUACGCGCGCGCAAGAGACGAGAAAAUUACCUCUUGUGUCGCGAAUUUUUUAUACUCUUUUAUUUUAAUAAAAGUCCUAAAUAUUUAACAAAAA